UCUGUGAGAUCUGCUCCGAAAAAUAAAAAGAAAGACAACAAAAAAAACUGCUCGGGAAGAAGAGGUGAAUGGAGAAGAUAGAUGCUUACGUGGUGACAUAUUUAUAAAUUUCAGUCUUCAAAGUUGGUUGGUUUCUUUGUGUGUUUUGGGGCCACAUUAAGAGUUGUUUUUUUGGGGGUAAAAAUGAGGAUUAGGAAGAACACGAAGCUCUCAUCGAUGCUUCUAGCGACAGCAGGUUACGGCGGAGAGAGACCGGAGACAUAUGUGUGUCACCUCAACCAGUCUCCGUGGGAUGUGAUUCCUCUCACUUCCUCCGACGACGGCGAUGAUGCCGCCGAGUUAUUCAACCUAAUUGACUCGUCGUGGUUUCUCCCUUCUCCGUCAUCUUCUUCUCCGCCUCUCAUUCACCAGUUCGACGGAGAAGAUAGCUCGAAUGGGAAUGUGAGCUUGGGCGAUUCUAAUGGCGCUUCUGAAAGAUUAAAUAGCUCCUUCGAAUAUAAUCGCAGCCUCGUUUCCGUCGAGAGACUCAAUCUCGUUGCGGCGGAGGAUUACGACGAGAGAUCGCCUGACGUUGAAGAUCCAAUGGAUCGGAGCGAUAACAGUGACCACAAAUCCAAAGCCGUCGAGCCUAAUUCACGGGUCAAAACUUCCGGCGACGACGAACAAGUGACGACUGUAUCAAUGCCGGCGCCGCCUAAACGCGGAAGGCCACGUGGUACGGCCAAGAAAGCUCCAGCCGCCUCCAAUGCCGCAUCGACGAAUCCGUAUGAGUUUUACUAUUACUCUGGUUUCGGCCCGCGGUGGGGGAGAAAAAGAAGCGGCUCCGGCGACGAGAAGAAUGUUAUUAUUGAUUGUAAAAAGAGCUGCGAGGAUAAUAUGAGCAAAAAGAGUAGCAGUAGUGGUGAAGACUGCGAUAAAACGGCGGCGUUUGGAGAUGGGAGCAGCAGUUUUGAUGGGUUUGAGUAUAUGAGAGAGGCUGAUUAUGAUGGAGACAGUGAUCAUGGGAAGAAGAAGGAGAAGACGAUGAUGAUGGUGAAGAAGACGAAGAGAACUAGGAAGCCCGUUAAGGAAAGGUCUUUGAAAUCCCUCAUGUGAAAUAUUUAUUCUAUGUAUUUGUUGAGGGCUUUUCUGUCUUUUUGUCUUGCUCUCCAUUUUUUAUUGUCUGUUUUUGUCUGUGACCGGGACUGGUUUGUUUGUUUGGUUUUUUAACAUUUGUAGCAACAUUUUCAAUCUCUCUGUUGUAUUUGGUUAUUUUUUUU